UAUAAUUAUUUUUGAGCUUCUACAAAUAGGCCUUGCAGUAGCUUUCUGUCUGCAUCAUAUGCCUACCUGCUUGAACUAGACUUAAGUUUCAAUUCUAGUUCAUUCUCUCUCAAUAUGGCACUUACUAAGGACCGUAUGUGCUCGCUUCAGACUUUUCCCUACACUGAAAGUGUGAUGGGAGAUCUUUAUGGAUUUGAAGAUGAUCAUGAAAACCACAAGAAAUCGGUGCUUGAAGAAGGGGAAAGCAGCAGCUGCUUUGACAUGUCUAAUAAUGGGCUUGUCAUCAAGAAUUUAGCCUUGAGUCAUUCUUCUUCUUCUCUUGGCAGUCCAAGCAGUGCCAAUUCUAAUGAAUUCCUCUUUCAUUCCAUAACUCAUCAAACUGAGGAAGCUCAUUCUUUGAUCGACUUUCGCAGUGGCUUCGAUCAUUUCAUACACGCUAAUGGUUCUUUGCUUAGCUUCCAGCACAACAACUGUAGGGUUUCACAGGCUAAUAGUCACAAAGACGACUACUCAACUUGGGAGGGGAAUUUCAAUUUCAACUUCCAGUGUAAUCAGAUGAAUUCAAAGUUUAGCGCAGAUCCUCGUUUGUUGGAGGAAAUCAACUGCUUUCAAACAGCUAGUAACUUCAAUUCCAUGGUCAAUUCUGAAAAGGAAAAUCAAGAGGAUUGGUCAUACUCUGAAGGGACUAUAGCAAGUGAUAUCAUCCAUGAGUCUGGUACACAAGAUGUAAACUUCCAUAAGCGUCCCAAUUUGGGAGAGAGUACGGAGGCUCUAAAGAAGCAAUGCAAUACUGCAACUAGGAAGUCAAAACCCAAGUCAUCUCCAUCUAAGGACCUUCAGAAUAUUGCAGCCAAGAAUCGACGAGAGCGGAUUAGCGAGAGGCUUAAGAUAAUGCAGGAACUGGUGCCUAAUGGUUCAAAGGUUGAUUUGGUUACCAUGUUAGAGAAAGCCAUUAGUUAUGUCAAGUUUCUUCAGUUGCAAGUAAAGGUGUUGGCAACAGAUGAAUUAUGGCCAGUUCAAGGUGGGAAAGCUCCUGAUAUUUCUCAGGUAAAGGAAGCCAUUGAUGCCAUCCUUUCAUCUCACAAAGACAGGAAUUCCAGCUCAAGCUCCAAGUAAUUAAGUGCAAGCUUGCAGGCGAAGGGAUUAAUUGAGAAAAAAAAAAAUCCGAAUACAUAAUAAUAUAUUUUUGCUCUGUUUCCUUCUGAAGAUCUUGUAAUGAAACUAUAAUCUAUAUUUUCAUGGUGUAAUGAAAAUUGAGAGUAGGACUACAAAAACUUUGAAUUCCUCCAAAGACAAU